UGGAAGAAGGAAGGAGAUGGCCGACUAGGAGGCAGCGGAACCUUUGCUACUUCACCGGGAGAUUCCUUUUACACAACACAUCUUCAACGCUGAAGUGGGAAGAGGACGUUUUCAAAACACUUCGCUCCUCUUUCACAAUGGCAGAACAAAACAGCAACGUCAGAUAUCAGGAGCUGGUGAAUGAGGAGGAACCAGCCCAGCCAUCCCAGGAGGGUCCUGCCCAGGACGCACCACCACCCUACAGCAGCGUUGCUGCAGCAAAUGCAGCUUUCUUUGAAUACAAGGAAGAUGGAGGAAGAUUUCCAAACCCCCCGUCCUACAGUGUUGCCACCACUUUGCCCUCCUAUGAUGAAGCUGAGAGAAGCAAAGAAGAGGCAGCCAUCCCCCUGGUCACUGGAAGAGUCACGGAGGACGACUUUGUGGCCAGGGAUGACUUUGAAGACGCCGACCAGCUGCGAAUAGGAAACGAUGGCAUCUUCAUGCUCACUUUCUUCAUGGCAUUCCUCUUCAACUGGAUCGGCUUCUUCUUGUCGUUCUGUUUGACAACAUCAGCUGCAGGCCGAUACGGCGCCAUCUCUGGCUUCGGCCUGUCCCUCAUCAAAUGGGUUCUUAUUGUCAGGUUUUCAACCUACUUCCCUGGUUACUUUGAUGGACAGUACUGGUUGUGGUGGGUGUUCCUGGCCCUGGGCUUCAUGCUGUUCAUCAGAGGCUUCGUUAACUACUCCAGAGUGCGUAAACUGGCUGAUCCCACCUACGCCACUCUCCCCCGAACAAGGGUACUCUUCAUCUAUUAGAGGAUGCUGGAUGUGGCAGAACUGUGCGUGUGACCAACACAAGCAGUAACUCUGUGAAGAGUUUCAAAUUAAAAGUGAAGACCCUUCACCAAGACAGCCAGAAGAGUUAUAGAUGAAGACAACUGUCAAUAAAAUAUUCAGGAAUUAUAUCACUGGUUUUAUUUUUUGUUUUGAAACUUUAUUAAUGGAUAAUGGUUAACAGUAAUAGUCCCUCGAUGUACUCAUUAGUGGCGAAUGUUAAGUGCUAUUUACAUCUCUGUCUGUAAUGUAUAAGUAAUGCCUUAUAUCAUUUGAUGGUAGCGUACGAGCAUGCAUCUGCCCUUGACGUGAAUAAAUGCGGAGCGUGUCAUGUUGGUGACACUUGAAGCCAACAGGUACCGCAUGCCACAGCAUGUCACACACUUUGUAAUCUGCACUAAUCAUGGUUUUAUUGUGACUAUUAUAGGCUGUUAGAUCCCACAUACACGUAAAAAGCAAGCUUUCAUUAGGCUGUAAAUGCUGAGAAACCACAUAUUCCACUCACCUGUUGGCUUUAAGUAGUGUUGCCCUUUUUUAGCCAGGAGGGGGCAGUGUUGUCCGCUGCUUUUUUUUUUAGAAACUCUUCAUUCAGGGCAUUGUCAUAAUAAAAACAUACAUGCUUGUGGUUCAAACGCAGUGACAGUAGAGCAUAUUAAAAUUACACCCAUGUGUCCGAAGUUAUGAUUCUGCCUGUUAAAUAUUACGUUAAAUCAGGUGAAACAUCCGCCCUGGAAAUAGAAUCGAGUUGAUUUUUAGAUCCAAUUUGAGUUUUCAAACAUGAACAAGCCAGAAACCAGAUGGUCACAAAUGUCAAGUGACGAACCCCGGAGCAGCUCGGGCUGACAGCGGAGGGAUGUAGAGUUUUUGGAUAGUGACAGCAAACCGAGAUGAUUUUUUAUGGGCGUGCGAGCACAUUUUCUGGUUCACGUCCCUAAAAAGCUUGUGUGCAUGCAACGGCGUGACCUUUCCGUGACUCGUCAGUGAGUCAGCGGAGUCUGCAUCUCCUUCAUUGUCGGUGGAAAAGCUGUGUGAUUAUAGAGAAGAGUCUUGGCUGGCUGGAUUUCAGCUGUUAAUGAUCUCACUCAGACAUUUGGAUCAAAUUAUCUAAAAAGCAUAAAAAUAACUCGAAUUCCAUUUUCAGCAGGGUUUUUGCCUUAAGAUUUAAUUGACAGACGGGGAAGGGAUAUCUUUUGUUUUCUUAUUUUCUUUAAUGAUUAAUAAGGUGUAUGAUGUUAGCUAUCUUGUGGGUAUCUAAACUAUAUCAAAGAAUGUUGUAUGCAGGUGCACUUUUAGACACAUAACCAAUAAAACCCAGAGGACGUUCCCAUCAUUAUUUUAAGCCACAGACUUAUAAAACAAGUAAUGACUGACAAGGUGGUUUCUGUUUUAUAUUCUGGAGGAAACUGUGUGUCAGGAUGAUGCAGUUUUUUCACGAUCUAACUGUUCUCAACACAAGGAAAUCAUAUGGAUUUUAGUCUGGUCCCGGAAACUAAAAUCAGUUCACUUCAAACUUCUGCCAUGGCUUUGAUACAGACCCAUUACGCUUCUUUCUAUGUGAUGUAGAGCUGCAGCCUUGGGGUUUUGUUGUUAUGAAACUGUACAGAAAAAGUUUAGUGUUAAAUAAAUGUCACUUUUAAUGCA